AUGGACACUGAUCUCGAACUGAAAAUGAAUCUUUCUCGUAGAGAGAUUCGGGUGCUUUUACUUCAUGAAUUCCGUCUGGAUCAUAAAGCCACGGAAGCAGCCAACAACAUAUGCAGCACGAUGGGCGAGGAUGUGCUCUCUAUUCGUACGGCGCAACAUUGGUUCAAUCGGUUCAAGAAUGGUAACUUAGAACUCGACGAUUUACCUCGAUCCGGUAGACCAAUGGAAGUGGAUGUGGACCUGUUAAAUCAGCUUAUCGAACAAGAUCCGCGAUUGACUUCACGGUGUUUAGCAGAGCAGCUUGGGUGCUCUCAUACUACUGUGGAAAAACAUCUGAACGAAUUGGGCAAAACAUGGAGAUAUGGAGUUUGGAUACCUCAUGAAUUAUCACCACGUCAGCUUCAAUGCAGAGUUGAUGCUUGCAUGGAUUUAAUGACAUCUCACCGCAACUAUCAAUGGCUCUGCAAUCUUAUCACUGGUGAUGAGAAGUGGGUGUUGUAUGUUAACCAUACGCACAGACGCCAGUGGCUAAGUCCUGGUCAAACAGGUGUAGCAACGCCUAAACCUGAACUACACCCAAAAAAGGUGAUGCUGAGCGUUUGGUGGGGUGUCAAUGGAAUUAUUCAUUGGGAAAUUCUUCCAAAUGAUUGUACAAUCACGGCUAACCUCUACUGUCAACAAUAG